AUGAAGGAUGUCGAAAGAGCUUUCGGAAUACUUCAAGCUCAAUGGGCAAUUGUUAGGGGACCUGCACAUAUGUGGCGUAAAGAACAACUUCAUUCAAUCAUGAUGGCGUGCAUAAUAUUGCACAACAUGAUUGUUGAGGAUGAGUAUCAGGAUCUAGAUGCAGAAUCUGAUGAUGAUGAUAAUUGUCCAUGA